AUGGACGUGAACCACAACAUCGACCUCGUUCCCGCCGGCUCUUCGGAAGGUGCUGAGGGCCUUGUCCUUGACGACCAACCCACGGAGGAGGAGAUGCACACGCUGCGAAGGGUGUCUGGCAAGAUCAGCUGGUCUGCCUACUCGGUUGCUGUGUGCGAGCUGGCUGAGCGUUUCUCCUACUAUGGCUCAAGCAUUCUGUACACCAACUUCGUGGUGCAUGGUCUGCCUGCUGGAUCCAACACUGGUGCGGGCUAUGGCCAUGGAGGUCAGUCUGGUGCUCUGGGUCUGGGCAGUCGUGCUGGUCAGGGCAUCUCCCUCACCAACCAGUUCUUUGCCUACCUGGUUCCCCUCUUUGGUGGCUGGCUUGCAGACGCCAAGCUGGGCCGGUACAAGACGAUUCACAUCGCCAUCUGUGUCUCCAUGAUUGCGCACGUUAUUCUCGUGGCCGCCUCGGCUCCGUCUGUCAUUGUGCACCAGUCCAACGCCCUGGCGGCCUUCAUCGUCGGUAUGCUGGUAUUGUGCAUUGGCACAGGUCUGUUCAAGGCCAACGUCGCACCCCUCCUCGCUGAGCAGAGCCACGACCGCAGGAUGUACGUCAAGACUCUCAAGUCAGGCGAGCGCGUGAUUGUUGACCCGGCCGUCACCAAUACGCGCAUCUUCCUGUACUUUUAUUUCGCCAUCAACGUGGGCUCGCUCGCCGGGCAGAUCGGCAUGGUCUACGUCGAGCUGUACGUCGGCUUUUGGCUGGCAUUCCUGCUGCCCACGGUCCUGUUUGCCAUCUGCCCCAUCAUCCUGGCCGUCAUGAAGAAGCGCUACACCCUCAGCCCUCCUACCGGCUCCGUACUGGGCAAGAUGCUGAAGAUGUUUGGCAUGGCCAUGCGCGGGAAGUGGCUGUCUACCGUGUUCAACCCGACCAAAUUCAGGCGGGAGUUCACAUGGGACGCGGUUCGCCCUUCUCUGAUCCCGGAGCAUGAGCGCCCCGGCUGGAUGACGUAUGAUGAUGCCUGGGUCGAUGAGGUCCGCCGUGGGCUGAAGGCGUGUAAAGUGUUCUUGUUUCUGCCCAUCUUCUUCCUGGCAUACAACCAGAUGACCAACAACCUCACGACCCAAGCCUCGACUAUGGUCCUCAACGGCACGCCUAAUGAUCUCAUCCAGAACCUCAAUCCCAUCUCCAUUGUGAUUUUGAUUCCCAUCCUUGAUAGGAUCGUGUACCCCGGAUUCCGCAAGAUGGGUUUCAACUUCACGCCGCUUAAGCGCAUGGCCACUGGUUUCCUCUUCUCCUCCCUCUCUAUGAUCGCGGCCGCCGUGAUGCAGUACUACAUCUACAAGAUGUCACCCUGCGGCGACCACACCACCGACGAGGAGUGCAUCGCCCCCAUCAACGUGUGGGCGCAGUGCCUGCCCUAUGUCCUGGUCGGCAUCUCCGAGAUCUUCACCAACACCACCUCGCUCGAGUACGCCUUCUCCAAGGCCCCUGAGAACAUGAAGUCCAUGGUCAUGGCUGUCAACCUCUUCAUGUCAGCCAUCUCCAGCGCGCUGGGCCAGGCGUUUACGCCGCUGGCUGGCGACCCCAAUUGGGUCUGGAACUAUGGCUCAGUGGCAAUCAUUGCCGCCGUGGGCGGCGUGGCUUUCUGGCUGUGCUUUAGACACCUGGACAAGGAGGAGGAUAUGUGGAAUAACCUUGCCAAGAGCAAGUACAAGGGAGCGGCUCAGCCCAACGCUGGCCACACCGCUGACGACCAAUUCGCCGAGAAGGCGUGA